UUAGUCCUGUUAAAGAUGGACACUGACAGGGUCCAUGCAGCUCUACCUGACCCACCAAGUCAAAUUGAAGAAGAAAAAGUGGAGGAGAAGGCCUGUGGGAAUUUUUUUGCUGAGUUAGAAUCUGUGGAGUUGCCUCUAGGAACUACUUUAAGGUCCAUUUAUGAUGACCAGCCCAAUGCUCACAAACGGUUUAUGGAGAAGCUGGACGCCAGGAUAAGGAACCAUGACCGUGAGAUUGAAAAGAUGUGUAAUUUCCACCAUCAAGGCUUUGUGGAUGCCAUAACUGAACUUCUUAAAGUGCGUGCUGAUGCAGAGAAACUGAUGGGUCAAGUGACGGACACUAACAGGAGACUACAGGACGCAGGGAGAGAUGUAACAGCUCAGACAGAGGAAGUGAUUCGCUGUCGGAUCCAGCAGAGGAACAUGGCCACCACAGUGGAGAAACUUCAGCUCUGUAUACCAGUGCUUGAAAUGUACAGCAAACUGAAGGAGCAACUUCAUUCAAAAAGAUAUUAUGCUGCGUUGAAAACCAUGGAGCAGCUGGAGAAGGUGUAUAUUCCAAGGGUUAGUCAGUACAGGUUCUGCCAGAUCAUGGCAGAAAAUCUGCCCAGACUGAGGGAGGAAAUCAAAGAGAUCUCAAUGUCAGACCUCAAGGACUUCCUGGAAAGCAUCCGGAAGCAUUCCGACAAGGUUGGAGAGACGGCGAUGAGACAGGCGCAGCAGCACAGGACCUUCAACAGUGCUGUGGCAAAGCAGGUCCACACAGGACACUACAGCAAGCCUGUGUAUUCUCUGAGCGGACGCACACACACACACAUCUCCAACGGCCUGCUGACCCAUGACGACGCUGGAGACGAGGAGGAAGCAGAUGAAGAGGUUCUUACAGCUCAGGACCUGGUGGAUUUCUCCCCCGUCUACAGAUGUCUACAUAUAUACACUGUGCUGGGUGACAGAGAAACAUUUGAGAACUACUACAGGAAGCAGAGGAAGAAACAGGCCCGCCUAGUAUUGCAGCCACAGGCUAACAUGCAUGAGACUGUAGAAGGCUACAGACGAUACUUUAAUCAGAUUGUGGGGUUCUUUGUAGUGGAGGACCACAUCCUUCACGCCACCAGGGGGCUGGUCACCAGAGCGUUCACCGAUGAACUGUGGAACAUGGCCCUGUCCAAGAUCAUUGCUGUGCUCCGCACACACUCUUCUUACUGUGAUGACCCAGACCUGGUUUUGGAGCUGAAGAAUCUCAUAGUCAUCUGCGCUGACACACUGCAGGGUUAUGGUUUCCCAGUGAACCGACUCUUUGACCUGCUAUUCGAGGUCCGAGACCAAUACAAUGAAACACUGCUGAAAAAAUGGGCCGUGGUUUUCAGAGAGAUCUUUGAGUCAGACAACUACAGCCCUAUCCCAGUGGAAACGGAGGAGGAGUAUAAACUGGUGACCAGUCGCUUUCCCUUUCAUGAUCCUGAGAUUGAAAAGCAGGACUUCCCUAAGAAGCUGCCGAUGUCCCAGUCUGUCCCUCAGAUCUACACACAGGUCAAAGAGUUCAUUUAUGCCAGCCUCAAGUUCUCAGAGUCCCUGCACCGCAGUUCAACAGAGAUCGACGACAUGCUGCGAAAAUCAACCAACCUGCUGCUGACCAGAACUCUGAGCAGCUGCUUGCAAAACCUCAUCAAGAAACCACACAUAGGACUGACUGAGCUGGUGCAGAUUAUCAUAAACACCACUCACCUGGAACAGGCCUGUAAAUACCUGGAGGAGUUCAUAACCAACAUCACAAACGUUUCACCUGAAACAGUUCACACCACAAGACUCUACGGCUUAUCCACUUUUAAGGACGCUCGCCAUGCUGCAGAGGGAGAGAUUUACACCAAACUAAACCAGAAGAUUGAUGAAUUCAUUCAGCUAGCAGACUAUGAGUGGAGCAUGGCAGAGUCUGAUGGCCGAGCCUCAGGAUACCUCAUGGAUCUGAUCAACUUCCUUCGUUCUACUUUUCAGGUCUUCACACAUCUUCCGAAUAACAACAAUGACCAUGCAUCAAUGUCGGGGAAAGUGGCCCAGACAGCGUGCAUGUCAGCUUGUAAGCAUCUGUCUACGUCGCUUAUGCAGAUGCUUCUGGAUACAGAACUCAAGCAGAUCAGUAUGGGAGCCAUACAGCAGUUCAACUUGGAUGUCAUGCAAUGUGAACUGUUUGCCAGUUCAGAGCCAGUGCCCGGCUUUCAAGGUGACACACUCCAGCUGGCCUUCAUCGAUUUACGACAGCUCCUGGACCUGUUCAUGGUAUGGGACUGGUCAACUUACCUGGCCGACUAUGGUCAGCCAAACUCCAAGUACCUGAGAGUGAACCCAGCCACUGCGCUGGCUCUGCUUGAGAAAGUCUACAGGGGAAUGAAAGACACCAACAAGAAGAACAACAUCUUCUCUCAGUUCAGGAAGAACGACAGAGACAAGCAGAAACUGAUCGAGACUGUGGUCAAACAACUGAGGAGUCUCGUCAAUGGCAUGUCCUCCUAGAAUAAAGCAUACAUGUUAUUUGUAUGUGCAAUAACCAGAUAAGAUGAGUGAAACAUGCAUGCAUUCACAUGCACACAUAAAAAAAACCGCCCUGAACAAUAUUGGUUUAAUACACCACAGAGCAAUCCCAUGCAGAGGAUCAUAUUCAACAUACAAACAGCUGAGUUCUCAUACUUACUGGGCGCAUGGUCAUAGACAUCACCUGAAGGCUCAGCAUUACACUGUAUGUAAAAAGCCUGCAGGGAACCCCCUGCCAGCAAACAUGACAUCAUUUCCUGCCUCUGACUUCAAACCUGUCAGAGGAUUUCUGCUAAGUUAUGCACACACUCCAAACUAUUUACUGAACCCUCAGAGGCCUGCAGAGAAACGAUCCGUCAGCGGCUCAUUGGAGAUAAACUGUUUUGUACAUUUUUUUAAACUGGAAUGAUUGGAGAAGUAAACUGAGAGUAGGAAAUACAGGAAGUGACAAAGUAUCUGGGCAACGAACCCAAAGGUCCAAACGUACAUACACUCAGCAAGAACAUCAAGUUUGGCACCUGGAUUUUCUUCAAUUGGUGUCACCAAUUGUAUUUUAAUGUAACUUUAUUCUGAAGAAUCACAGAUCUUGUUAAUCUGAGACGAUGACGUCAUUUACUGAUCCACAGAUACAUUUCAGACUCCUAAAAGUAAUAACUGUGUGAAGGCAACAUUUCAGACUCAGUUACAUCUAAUCCUGUUUAUGUCUCAUUAUUAAUGAGUGAAAUAAGGAGAGUUUCAUUUCAACAACUGAGAUAACAUCCAUUUACUACACACAAGAAAUAUAUAUGUGUGCAUGCGGGCGUGUGUGUGUGUAGGUGUGUGUGUGUGUGUGUACAUGUAAUAGAAAUGUAAACUGAAUAAUUUAUUAUUGAUCUUUUUGAAGUUUGAGUUAUUUAUAUUAUUUUUAUUAUUCAGGAUGCUGUAGGUGUGUGUGCGUGUGUGUGUGUGUGUGGGUGGGUGGGGGUGUGUGUGUGUGUGCUUUGUGAGAGAGUACAGAUCAGAAAUUUAAGAGCAAAUCAACUUAUCCAAAUACUGUUGAUACGGUUUAUGUGGCAACAAUGAAUUAUGCUGAAGUUCUAUACAUGAAGUGAAAAGUGAAAAUGUGAAUGAUGAUGUCUCAGGAGACUGAUGUUCAUAUAAAACCUGUUUAGUUCUCCACUUCAUGGUGGCUUUUUGUUGUUGUUUUUCUGCCUUGUCAUAUUAGACAUUUCUGUCAGAUUUAUGGCACACCUAUUUUGUCUCCAUCUGUUUUUUACUCAGAAAUGUAGCUUUUUAUUUGCAUCCAUUUUUUCCACCCUGUGUGCAAAUGGAGUUAAAACAUAGAGCACAAUUCUCUCUCUUCACUUUAUUACAGAUUCUGGAUCAACCGAAGUUCCACAUGCAUAAAUAUUAAAGUGAAUCUUUGAAUAUAGGCUUUACUUGUGAUGUGAUUAUGGAGGCACAUUUCUGCUAUGAAACUCAGAACUGAUUUUUCCUGAACUUUUUUAUUUGCUCCUGUUUAUUUCUCUGGACUUCCCACACAGCGUCUGCUGCAGCAGGAAGUCCUCCCACUCCAUCAGUGGGACAGAUGCUUCCACAGUGGAGUUAAGAGAUGAUCUUUCCCAACUGACAUUGAUGACUUGAAAUCUAUUGCAGUAAAUGUUAACUAAACAUCUGCGACUUGUACUGAUACCAUUAAAUUAUAAUGUUUAA